GGUGGGACAUGGCGCUCAGCUUUCUAGGCGAUAGACCUAGGUAAGGCUUUCAUGAAGCACUAAAUAAGUAGGGAGGAUAUAUAUGCUCGGUAUGCCUGAAUGACCCAUUCAUCCUUUCGCUGCCAACGAACAGUUCGACCGUAUUGAUCCCGCAGUCAUUUUCAUCUACUAUCAUCUGAAUACCUUGGACUAUACAUUCCGACACCUAUCAACAAACAAUCGACCACCAUGGAGCUUUUAGUGCUCCUUUCGCUGCCCCUUCUCGUAAGGGCGACAGCCAACACUCCCAUUACCACCACUCCUCCGCCGCCCAAAUACACCGUGCCAUGCACCAUGGGAAACGACAAACCAUGCUCGGCCCUGCAGACGGCUGGCACAUCAUGGACCUGCACGCCCACAAUGCCUUGCGUGACUGGAAAGCCUUGCGGUGGCCUCUGCAUCGACAUCUGGACGCCGCCGCCCGUCACCCCGUGCACCAUGGGCGAUGAUCGUCCUUGCCUCCCAUCGUCCCACUGCACUCCCACCAUGACUUCCGCAUGGGGGCAUCCGUGGAAGGGCCAAUGUAUUGAGGGCGCUCCGACUACUCCUCCGCCCUCGUCCCCGACCAUCCCUCCGCCUUGGACGCCGCCGCCCGUCACUCCCUGUACGAUGGGAGAUGAUAAGCCGUGUGAGCCGAGUUCCCAUUGCACCCCGACAAUGGUCUGCACGACCGGGCUGCCAUGCGGCGGCGCGUGCAUCGAGAAUCCUCCACCGCCCUGCAACGCGGUGCUGCCGACGCCGUGUCCUCCCAGUAGUUACUGUAGCCCGACUAGCUCGUGCUCAGUGACUGGAGUUUGCAUGGGAUCCUGCGUUCCAUCUGGCACUCCCACUUCACCAACCACUUCGCCCACUGGACCCAUAACUAAGUCCUGCAACAUGGGCGAUGACAGCCCAUGUCUCCCAGCAUCUUCCUGCGUUCCCACCAUGUCCUGCAAGACUAAUACGCCCUGCUACGGCGUCUGCAAGGAGAUCUACGGGCCCCAGACUCCUGUCAUCCCGUGCACGAUGGGCGUUAGUGGAGCAUGCACGCCGCCUGCAACAUGCACGCCAACUAUGAUGCCGACGCCUGGAGUCCCGCAGCUCGGCCAGUGCUGGACACCGCAGAAGCCGACGUGCCUCCUCGAUGCUCCGACACCUAUGUGUCAAUACGAUAGCACUUGUAGCCGCUCCUAUAGCACUUGUCUCCCGAGCGCGAAGUGUAUCGGACGCUGCGAGCCUACUACUACCCCUCCAAUCUCGAUAACCCCUUCGCCCACGCCAACUGAAAUCACCCGCUGUAACAUGGGCGACGACGGACCCUGCAUGCCUGCGAACCUGUGCACACCGACCAUGCCCUGCAAGCCACAUAGGCCCUGCUCCGGCACCUGCAGCGACCCCUGGACGGUCCCGCCCUUAACAACUUGCACCAUGGGCGACGACUCGCCUUGUAAGCCCAUCAAAGGCACCAGCGGCCACUGCACGCCGACCGAGUAUCCUACCCCCGGUGUGACGCAGCGCGGACAGUGCAUCUGGCCGCAAAUGAUCACAUGUAUCCUCAACAGGCCAACGCCGGUCUGUGGAUUGGAUAGCAGUUGCAGUAGGGGUUAUACGUGUUUCCCUGGUGCGACUUGUGUGGGUAGCUGCGUGGCGACCGCGAGUCCGACGCCGACGCCAACAGAGGUGAAGAAGAAGUGCUGGCAUGGGCGAUGUGAGCAUGGGUAUAAUUGUGUGGAUGGGUGGUGCGUGAAGGGGCAUCAUUGGUAAAGGAGAAGGAGAUUGCGGGGGAGGGAAGAGAAGGGAUGGAAGAAGUGAAAUGGUGUAGUCGUUCCUUUCGAGUGUGGAGUGAGAUGUGGGAGGGAUUACAGAAUGAUAAGGGGGCUCGAGUGAUUGGGAAUGAACGAUGACUUUGAUGGGACUCUCUACUGCAUUCCUUUCCAAUGUAAAGUAUUGGAUUAAUGCUAGUACGUGCAAUUA